AUGGCCGGCACCACGCAGUCCAGUGGGCUUGUCUCAAGCGUCUUUGUUGGACAGCAGCAGGAUGUCAUGGCAUCUCCGCCGUCCCUCGCUCCCAUGCUACCACCUCAACCGGGGUGUUGCCCUCGUUGUGUUCUUUCUCCCUGCCAUCAAGUAACUCGUUCGCUAAGGUUACUUAUAAGACCCUCGUUGCUUCCGUCUUCUACGACCUUCGCUACAAGCCAGUCAGUCGCUGUUGAUAUCCCCACUCACUCAGUCAACAUGAGAGCAGCUCUUUCCCUCCUCGCCCUCGCGGCCACCACCCUUGGCGCCAACAUCCCCCGCGGUAAGAAGUGGGAGACCGUGGUCACCGAGGUUGUCGUAACCUACACUACCGUCUGCCCCGUCACCGAGACCUACACCAAGCCUGGUCACACAUACACCACCACCUACACCACCACCAGCACCGUCAAGACCGUCAAGCCCACAACAAUUGUGGUUACCGAGACUGGCCCUGCCGUGACCAAGACUGCCGAUGAGGUCGUCUACACCACCCUCACUUCCCUCUGCCCUGUCACUGAGACCACUGUCGUCGAUGGCUCUACUGUCGAGGUGACCUGGACCUCCACUUCCACCAUCAUCAAGGUUGCUCCCACCGAGGUUGUUGUUACCCAGACUGCUCCUCCAGUGACCAAGACCAACGCUGCUGUCGUUGUUACCACCCUCACUGAGCUCUGCCCUGUCACCGAGACCACUGUUGUCGAUGGCUCCACCAUCGAGAUCACCUGGACCUCGACUUCGACCAUUGUCACCAAGGUUGCCCAGACCGAGACUGUCUACACCACGUCCCUGGUCACCGAGUAUGAGACUACUGAUGUCUACGAGACUGUCACCUGCCCCGAGACCACCUACACCACUGUCAUCGAGGGUGAGACUGUCAAGGUCACCAAGACCAACACUAUCACCAAGGCUGUCACCGAUGUUCACUACGUGACUGAGAUCAUCCCGGUCACCAUCACGGAGCAGGUCGAUUACAUUGCGACUGUUCCCGUCACUGACCGCAAGACUGUCACCGGUUACUCCACCGUUGUCGUCUCGGCCAGCAACAUCAUCUACACCUCGGAGCCCCUGCCUCCUACCACCAUCAUCAUCCCCACCUCGGUCACCGCUGCCCCCAUCCCUACCACCACUCCCAACAACGGCACCGCCCCCAUUCAGACUGCCGGUGCCAACGCCAACAAGAAGGCCCCUGCCGCGGCCUUCAUUGCUGGUCUCUUUGGUGCUCUUGCCAUGCUCUGA